UUCAUCAUCACCAGACACAUCCACAACUGGGCGUCCUUUCCAUUUUGGCUCAAUGUCUUCAUUCUUUCUGGAGCUUUGUCUUUGCUCUUCCCAGUAGCAUAUUGGACACUACUGACUUGGGAAGCUCAACUUUCAGUUUCAUAUCUUUUUGCCAUUGCAUAGUGUUCAUGGGGUUCUCAAGGCAAGAAUACUGGAGUGGUUUGCCAUUCCCUUGUCCUGCGGACCACGUUUCAUCAGAACUCUCCACCAUGACCCGACAAGGGCUGCUGUCAAGCUGCAGUGUCAAAGUGAAGCAGUGACAGAGACUGUAGAACCUGUCACACCUAACACGUUUACUCCUGACCCUUUAUGGAAAAAGUUUGCUGACCCCUGCUUUUUAAAUUUUUGUUUAAGUAAUACAUGUAUGUAUUUGAAAAGGAAAUAACACUGAAAUUUUUAUCUUUAAAAAGACGAGCCUUGCUGCACUGUUGUUCACACCGGCACCACUCCUCAGGGACGCUUCAUCCUUUUAAGUGUCUUCUCUGGCAUUUAUCGCUACAUUCUAAUAAUAUUCUCACUGCACUGUUUUUUAACAAUUUUAGACACUAAUUAUUGACUAGGCCACUCUUUUUAGUGCAAGAUUAUAAAUUUAUCAUUUCUUAGCUGAAAGGUAACGUUUUAUGAUCAUUUAGUUUUCUGCAUUUUCAUAAUGUACAUAAAGAAAUUAACAAGCAUUCAGCAAUAGUUAACGUUUAUUUAAUACUUCAUAUGUGCCAGGUACUCUUCUAAGGCAGGUUUUAAAAACUGAAGUGUAGUGGAUUUAGUGUUGUGUGAAUUACUGCUGUACUGCACAGUGAUUCGCUGAUACAUAUACAUACACUUUUAAAGUAUCCUUUUCCAUUAUGAUUUAUCAUAGGGUGUUGGACAUAGUUCCCUGUGCCGUACAGUAGGGCCUGUUGUUAUCCAGUCUGUGGAAAAUCUUACGCCUGCUAACCCCAGCCUCCCACUCUCAGCCCCACCCCCCACCUUGGCAACUACCUGUCAGUUCUCUCUGUUCCUGAUUCUGUUUCAUACAUAGGUUCAUUUGUGUCUUAAGUUCCACACAUGAGUGAUAUCAUAUGGUGUUUAUCUUUCUUUUUCUGACUUCACUUAAGUAUGAUCAUCUCUAGUUGCAUUGAUGCAGUUUUACGCAGUUUCACACUAAUCUUUACAGAACUCCUAGAAAGUGUAGGCACUAUUGUUAUCUCCAUCUUCCAGAUGAUGAAAUGUCACUGGAGAGCUUAUGUGAGACUUCUCUUGGUCAAGACCUCAUGGGUGAUGGAGCCAGAAGUCAGCAUUCGGAAUAGUCAACCUGAACCAGCAUGUCCGGGACUGAGGAAGCAGUCCUUGGAGGCCAUGACAGCCGGCCUGCCGGUGGCAGCCCCGUGUUAUGCUUCGGUCAGUACCAGUACACAGUGGAAGAACACCAGGCUAUCCAGAACGCCCUGAGGCAGAGGCUGGGCCCAGAGUACAUCAGUAGCCGCAUGGCUGGAGGAGGCCAGAAGGUGUGUUACAUCGAGGGUCACAGGGUCAUUAAUCUGGCCAAUGAGAUGUUUGGCUACAACGGCUGGGCGCACUCCAUCACACAGCAGAACGUGGAUUUUGUUGACCUUAACAAUGGCAAGUUCUACGUGGGCGUCUGUGCAUUUGUGCGAGUCCAGCUGAAGGAUGGCUCGUAUCAUGAAGACGUGGGCUACGGUGUCAGCGAGGGCCUCAAGUCAAAAGCCUUGUCCUUGGAAAAGGCCAGGAAGGAGGCAGUAACAGAUGGGCUGAAGCGGGCGCUGAGAAGUUUUGGGAACGCACUUGGAAACUGUAUUCUGGACAAAGACUAUCUGAGGUCACUGAACAAGCUUCCACGCCAGCCCGGCACCACCUGCCUGGUUUCUGCUUCUCGCUGCCCUUGGUGCCUCUUGUCAGUGGAGUCAUCUUUGUUCCUGGCCUGUUUCACUGCGCAUACCAUCCUCAAGUUUCCUAGCCCGCCUCUUGAAGUGGAUUUAACUAACGCAAAGAGACAAGAUUUUGAACCAUCUGUUGAACAAGCCAGAUACAGCAGCUGCCAACAGAAUGUGACUCUGGAACCCCCUAAAGCCCAGGAGGUGACCUCACCUUGCAGACUGAGCCACUCAGCUGGCCCCCAUGCUGUGACGCAGGGGGACAAGGAGAGCAGCUCCCGAAGCCUGGCCCCCGGUACCACAGAGAGCGAAGCCACGUUCCAGCGGAAGCUCCGGCAGAAGCAGCUGCAGCAGCAGUUCCGUGAACAGAUGGAGAGACAGCAGCGGGCCGCCACCUCUGCUCUGUCUGCCGGAAGGACCGACCAGGCGCAGCCGCCACCGGUGCCUCCUGCCAAGCCCAGCCUCCCCAGGACCCACUCACCUCCAGAGCCACUCACCCAGAGAGACCUGCUCCCAGACAGUCUUGAAAUGUGGGACAUGGCUAUGGAUGCAGAGGGCAGCAUGCUCAAGCCCUUGUUGAAACCAGAACCACCGCAGACCCCUGCCAUCUCGGUCCUGAAGAACCACAUGGAGACCCAGAACAGGAUCCCACCAAGCCUUUGCCACCAGAAUCCACAGGCACAGUCUGGACCCUGGCACCUCCAAACUCCCAGCCUUAACCAACACACCACAGGCGACUGUAAUUCCUCUAGGAAGAAUCAGGACAUGAAGAAAAGGAAACUGGAUCCACCUUAACCACGGCUCAGGUCACCUCCUGAACUCUGUCCUGAUGGGACUUCGUUUUGGUCAUGAAAUGACUGCUCCUGCCUGAGGAGUGCGCUCUGCUUCAGGGCUCCACCAGCUUCAUCCUGAACUCUGCCUGAGGACUCAGCACCUGCUCACAUCAACUCGGGCAUUUGGGACGCUCUGUAGAGACUCAGUGCCUUUUCUUGGGCUCCUCACUCUUUAUUCCUAAGCUAUUAUGUUAAUGAAGACAGAAAUCACCUCGGCCUGUGGUACGUCCCUCAGUGACCGUUGACCUGUUGCUGCGGGGACCCCCGUUUUCUAACGCUGUCACGCAAGAUUGCAGUCUUCCUCACUAUUGUUCAUUGGCUCAUGAAACUACUUCCCUUUUCUCCUAAGACCAAAGAAAAGACAUUUUUAAGAAAGCAAAAUUAAAUCCUACCCUGUAACAACAUAA